UGUCGGAGAUUGAGCAAUCGUGAUUAUGUUAAUUAUUCCUGAGAUCUAAUUAUCUAAACUAUUUUUAAUUAAGAGAUUAGUUGAUCACAAUAGAUACUUGUUGCAGCUGUGUAAAUAGACGCCUAGCCUUUUCCUGAUAAAACGGUAUGAAAAACGCUGGUACGACAGAACGAUAGAACGAGAAGACAGUGAACAGAGACAGUGAACAGAGACAGCGAGCAGAUCCAGAAAUCAACUGUAACUACUACAAAAUCAUUAUCCAUCUUCAAAUAAAUGUUCUUUUAAAUUCACAACACAAAGUGGCGACCACGAAGGGACACACGGCUUAAACAGCAAGAACCUAGCGGAUAAGAACGGAUUUGUCAAGAUGGAGAAGCUAACUAAGGAGUUAGAAGCGAAGCUUAAAACGUUGAUAUUUCGAGUGCUGAAAACAAACGAUGUCCUGACAAAGGAUAAACAAGCCUUGGAGCGACAUUACAACUCUAUCACGAACGGGAUUAAUGCGGUGAGUGAUAUCAAAGAGCAGUUAGAAGAAAAGAAAUUCGCGAAGGGCGAGAGCGAGGAAGAAAUAGAACAAUGGGGCGAAAGCGUAGAAAAGGAGUUAGAGGACGCAGAUUCCGCUAACGCAAAACUUCAGGCUGCCAUACAAUAUGCGCAAAAAGAAGAAGAAGACAAGAGAUGCCACGAGAGCCAUCUUAAGCAGCUUAAGUAUCAGCAGGAACUACUUCAACAAAAGGCAACAUUUGAGAAGGAUCAAAACACCACUUCGAGCAUGGACCACUCAGCUUGCAACAACGGUGCUACGAACACUAAACUUCCGAAAUUGACCAUCACGAAGUUUAAUGGAAAGUCGGAGAAUUGGCUGUCGUUCUGGGGAAAGUUUAGCUGUGAGGUUGACGCCACAAACGCAUCCCCAGUAACGAAAUUUGCCUACCUCAAAGAGUAUCUUAUACACGAAAUCAGACAAGAUAUUGAUGGAUUGCCGUUCACUGCUGAGGGCUAUGAAAAGGCUAAAACCAUACUAAAGGAAAAGUACGGGAACUCCAGCGAUAUUAUAAAUAUCUAUAUCAAAAACAUUAUGGAUUUGCCGGUCAUAACAGGCACAAGCCCACGAAAAGUGAAAGACUUUUAUAGAACACUGCGAUUUAAUGUGCAGAGCUUGGAAACACUGGGACGGUUGCACGACGUUCGAGGAAAUGUUCGUGGCACGCUCGACAAGUUGAAGGGGAUUAAGUCCGAUCUGAUGCGGGGCUGUUAUGGAUGGCGCGAUUGGGGGUUCAAUGAUCUAUUACAACAACUUAAGCGCUGGACAGAGAUUAACCCUGUUGAAAGUAACUUUGAGGAUAAAACCAAGUCUAACAAUUCUCAACAAGCGCGAUCAUCUAGGCUAUAUCAAACAAGUACCGUUAACAGUUCUGAAGAUCAACGGGCCGUGAAUAACCUUUCAUGCGUUUAUUGUGGCGGUGCUUACAAAUGGGGUUGAUUGUGCAAAGGUUACCGACAUAAAGGAACGGAAACGGAUACUCGUCAAAGAGAAACUGUGUUUUAAUUGCACCAAGGGAAACAUCGUGCUGAAGAAUGCAAAAGCAAGUCAAACUGUUUUAAGUGCAAACAGCGCCACCACACGUCUAUCUGCGAUUCGGAUGUAAAGUCCAACAGCAACCCACUACUUGUCACCGCAGGAGUCCCCGUUGGUCAAGUUGUAUAUCCAGUGGUCAUUGUUGAUGUCGAAGGAAUUAAAUGUCGAGCGUUACUGGACACGGGUGCCGGGAGUUCGUACGCAUCAGCCGCGCUGCUUGAUCGACUCAAAAAACGGCAAGUCACACGGGAAGUACGGAAAAUAGACAUGAUGCUUGGAAGCACAACACGUGAAGUUGAACUAGCAAACAUUACAAUUAAAGCGGUCGGCGGAAGUGACUAUGAAAUGGGUGUCGAGGUGACCAAAGUAAACAAAGGAGAACUUUUGUUUAUCGAUAAUCCCAAUUACAAUAAGCUGAUUGGAGAACAUGCGCAUUUAAAUCAAGUCAAUGUUCAAGACACAAGUACAAAGGACAAAUUACCCAUUCAUAUUAAUCUUGGGGCUAGCGAAUACGCUAAAGUCAAAACAGAAACUGCACCAAAGAUUGGAAUGCCGGGGCAACCGGUCGCAGAACUUACUAGAUUUGGAUGGACUAUAAUAUCUCCUGGAAAAGAACCUAUCGAUAUUGGAAUAUGUUGGCAUGUCAAACUACGCAAGUUGACUACGAAGAGUUAUGCAAGCUUGACAUUUUGGGAAUCGAGGAUACGCCUACAAACAGUGAAGACACAGUGUAUCAAGAGUUCAAAAAACAGUUAGCGAGAGAUGAAAACGGCUGUUAUGAAACUGGACUCCCAUGGAAAGGCGAUCACCCGCCACUGCCUAGCAACGAGGCAGGAAGUUUACAGCGACUGGCUAGUUUAACAAAGAAGCUCGGGCGGCAAGAUCUCACAGCAAAGUACGCAGAGAUAAUAGAAGAAAAAAUUACCGAAGGAAUCGUAGAGGCCGCCAAAGGACCGAGCAUAGGCAGGGAAUUCUAUAUCCCUCACAAACCCGUCUUACGUACUCAAGCUGAAAGCAGUAAAUUACGUAUUGUCUACGACGCUUCAGCUAAGGAACACAUGGAAGCGCCAUCACUUAAUGACUGUCUACACAAAGGACCGCCAUUACAGAACAAGAUUUGGGACGUUCUAGUUCGUGGGAGGUUCAACACUGUUGCGAUAACCGGUGAUCUACUGAAAGCAUUCUUACAAGUACGCGUGAGAGAAUGCGACCGUGAUGCAAUGAUCAGGAAGGAACUUUAUGUUGAUGAUUUAAUUUCCGGCGCAAGCACCGUGAAAGAAGCGAGGGAACUCAAGUAGAAAGCUACACAGAUAUUUCAAGAUGCUGGUUUCAAACUACACAAGUGGCACUCCAACGCCAAGGAGCUCGAGUCUGAAGGACCCGCGAGCGAGGAUUCAACUUACGCCAAACAAGAGCUAGGAGUACCAGUCAACGAGGAAUGCAGUUACUCGGGCUUGGCUGGCAAACCGGAGAAGACAAGCUGAGCGUGACAAUACCGUAAGGGAACUUUGCGCCGACAAAGCGAGGGAUUUUAGCGAAGCUCGCUAAAGUGUAUGAUCCCCUGGGACUUUUAUCGCCCACCACUCUUAGCGGUAAAUUGGUUUACCGUUCCAUAUGCGAUGCCAAGAUGGCUUGGGAUGCACCGAUCUCGGAUGAAUUGAAGAAAGUAUGGUCUAAGUGGGAAAACUCUCUUCCCCAGAGAGUUGAAGUGCCAAGUUCGCUAGUGACUCACCGUAAAGUAAUCAAGAGCAUAGAACUGCACUCGUUUGGAGAGGCUUCAGUGCAAGGUGUCUCUGCUUGUGUUUACGCCGUCGUCACGCAAGAGUCUGGCGUUAAUCAAGGUCUGGUGGCAGCUAAAGCAAGACUGGCCAAGCAAGGUCUUACAAUACCACGCUUGGAGUUAGUGGCUGGUCAUUUGGCCGUUAACUUAAUCAACAAUGUCAAGGGAACUCUUGAUUGACUUCCGGUCAGCGGUCUGCACUGCUGGCUCGACAGUACAGUUGCACUUUAAUGGAUAAACAACCAAGGCGACUACAAGCAGUUUGUGUCCAACCGAGUGCACAAGAUAAACAGUCACCAAGAUGUCACGUGGCAUCACGUGCCAACCAAAGACAAUCCCGCUGAUCUCGGAAGCCGAGGGGGGAGCGUUGUGAAUGCUGACAUGUGGUGGAAGGGUCCGGAGUGGCUGUCAGAACCCGGAUGCUGGCCUGAAGGCAUAGUACUCGAACAGUCAGUAGAAAGCAAAGCGGAAGCUAAGCUUGUUAGACAAGUACUGUCGUUGGCUGUGGCGGAGCGCAACGAAAUCGAUGAGCUCCUCGAGAAAUACCCGCUACACAAAGCUGUGAGGAUAUGCUGCUGAAUGCGCAGAUUUGCGUACAACUGUCAAAGUCGCAAGAAAGGUGUCAAGAAAAGAACUGGGCCCUUACUUACAGAGGAGACAGAGAUUCAAAGGUGCUUCUGGAUCAAGCAAGCCCAGAACAACUGUGAUCUGUCAGACGAUCGCAUCGCGCUCAAGCUACAACUCAACGGAGACGGUCUACUCGAGUGCCGAGGGCGAGUCCAGGGCCAGUAUCCAGUCUACCUACCACACGUACAUAUAUACACUCAGGGCAUAGUAGAGGAGGCGCAUUUGCGCACUCUCCACGGGGGAGUGGGACUCACUAUGGCAAAAGUACGCGAAGACUUCUGGGUCCCGAGGUUGCGACAGCUGGUGCGAAAGGUGCGCAAGAAAUGCCAUGGCUGUAAGCGCUUUCAAGCAGUGGCAUACUCGACCCCGCCACCCGCAGACCUUCCUGUUACAAGGACGCAAGGUACCAGCGCCUACCAAGUCAUCGGCGUAGACUUCGCUGGGCCAAUCAAAUACCGUGUUGCCAGACAGAAAGAAGAAAAGACGUAUGUACUACUGUACACCUGCAGCCUUACGAGAGGAAUCUACCUUGAGCUCCUACCAAGCCUAGAGACGCCAGAUUGCCUUCAUAGUCUGAAGCAUUUCAUCUCACGCCGGGGGAGGCCAGAUCGCAUCUACUCAGACAACGGACGAACAUUUGUGGGGGCGGAGAAGUGGAUCAAGCAGGUUAUGCAGGAUGAGCGCCUACAAGACUCAAUCUCUCAGUCAACCAGAUAAGAUGGCAGUUCAACUUGAGUCGUGCGCCCUGGUGGGGAGGCCAGUUUGAACGAAUGAUAGGUCUCGUCAAAGCAAGCCUACACAAGUCUAUCGGCCAUGGGAUGUUGUAUUGAAAGGAGCUACAAGAUAUCCUGCUAGAUAUGGAAAUCACACUAAACAACAGGCCGCUGAGUUAUAUAGAAGACGACGUGCAGUUCCCACUUCUAACGCCACACUCGCUUCUCUUUAUCAAGAGCAACACCUUACCAGAUCUGCGCAAGCGCGCCAAACAUCUCAUUAAGUGUAAAGACGCGGUCUGGAAGAGAUGGACAGAUGAGUAUCUGCGCGGUAUUCGUGAGCGUCACCGUGCAAAGGCCGGAGCACCGGACACCAAGCCUACAAUCGGCGAAGUGGUUAUCGUUAAAUCCGAGGAGAAGAAUCGCGGCAAAUGGCAGUUGGGAAUUGUGAGUUCCUUAAUUACUAGCAAGGACGGCGAGGUGCGAAGGGCGAAGCUUCGUGCUGGGAAGUCAUACAUCGAACGCCCUGUACAACUCCUGUAUCCGCUAGAACUGAAGGUCGAUGAUUUCGUGCGACCUCAACCUGAUGAGAGACUCCGGCCCAACGCUGCAGAGUUUAGGCCACGGAGAGAUGCCGCAGCUGCCGCUAGACUACGCAUGCAAGGCAUUGCGGACGACGCAGAAAACCUAUGAUCGGGAGACGAACCGUACAUUUGUGUACAAUACGAACACUAAGCAUUUAUACAACUAUAGAGUUUUGUUAUACAUAGACACACUCAAAGGAACAUUGAGACAUUACUAGAAUUCAACAUGCUAUUCCAAUCUCCUCAGUUAACAUAUAUCUUGCUCAAGAUAUAUGGGGGGAGUGUGUCGGAGAUUAAGCAAUCGUGAUUAUGUAAAUUAUUCCUGAGAUCUAAUUAUCUAAACUAUUUUUAAUUAAGAGAUUAUUUGAUCACAAUAGAUACUUGUUGCAGCUGUGUUAAUAGACGCCUAGCCUUUUCCUGAUAGAACGGUAUGAAACACGCUGGUACGACAGAACGAUAGAACGAGAAGACAGUGAACAGAGACUGUGAACAGAGACAGCGAGCAGAUCCAGAAAUCAACUGUAACUGCUACAAAAUCAUUAUCCAUCUUCAAAUAAAUGUUCUUUUAAAUUCA